AUCAUUGUUGUUCAUGACGUCACAGUCCAACUUCUUUCUAACCUAUAUGCACCCAAAUUGAGUGCACAUAGGUAAUUAUAAAAAAAUUAAAUUAACAAUUGUUAUUAAAUAAUUAUUGGCAUUUCGUUAUUGAUAUUACAUAAAGAAAAAAAUGGUUGUAACUAAUAAAACUGCUAUACCUACUGAAGAAGAAUUAACCGUUCAAGAAAUAAAUUUAUCGUGGCCAAUUCUUCAUGCAGCAUCUUUUUAUGUAGGAAAAUAUUGUGAACCUUACAAUAAUGAAUUUCUUCUAUGUCAAAAGGAAGAAAAAGAUGCUACUAAAUGUGUAAAUGAAGGAAAAGCAGUCACUGGAUGCGCUUUAGAAUUUUUUCGCAAGCUCAAAAAACACUGUCGCCAAGAAUUUGAUCAAUAUUAUAAUUGUCUUUAUAAAUCGAGUUAUGACCUUUCAUUUAAUCACUGCCGUAAUACGCAAGAAGUAUUAGAUAAAUGUGUUUUGGAGCAUAUGAAUGUAGAACGUCCACCAUUCGGAUAUUUCUGUGAAGUAAAGGUACACGAAACAACAAGACCAAAGCCUGUAGAAAAAAUACCAGAAUAUCCAACAGUGCCGUCUCUUCCUCCAGAUGCACCUAAACCACCAGCCAGAUUUGAAGGCCGAUGGAUGGUGUAAAUCUUAUGGAUUAAAAUCGAUAUUAAAUUUGAAUAAUCUUCAAAUUGUUAGUCCUUGUACGUACUGGUUUGUACACAAUAAACUCUUAUAGAUAAAAUGAAUAUUUAUAGAAA